AUGGCCGAGGGCAAGAGCGGCGGCGCGGGGCUCUUUGCCAAGCAGGUGCAGAAGCGCUUCAGCCGCGCGCAGGAGAAGGUUUUGCAGAAACUGGGCAAAACGGUGGAGACGAGAGACGAGCAGUUCGAGCAGAGCGCCUACAACUUCCAGCAGCAGCAGAGCGAAGGCCACAAGCUCUACAAGGACCUCAAAGCCUUCCUGGGUGCCGUGAAAGUGAUGCACGAGAGCUCCAGGAAGGUGGCAGAAACCCUGCAGGAGAUCUACAGCGCCGACUGGGCCGGGCACGAGGAGCUCAGAGCCAUCGCCGAGAGCAACGACCUGCUGUGGGACGACUACGAGGCCAAGCUGGACGACCAGGCGCUGCGGCUCAUGGAGAACUACCUGGCUCAGUUYGGGGAGAUUAAGGAGCGCAUGGCCAAGCGCGGCCGCAAGCUGGUYGACUACGACAGCGCCCGGCACCACCUGGAAGCUCUGCAAAGCGCCAAGAAGAAGGAUGAGGCCAAGAUCGCCAAGGCAGAGGAGGAGUUCGGGAGAGCCCAGAGCAUCUUUGAGGAGCUCAACAGGGACCUGCGCGAGGAGCUGCCCCUGCUCUACAGCAGCCGCGUCGCCUGCUACGUGAGCGUCUUCCAGAACAUCUCCAACCUCCGCGACGUCUUCUACAAGGAGAUGAGCAAGCUGAACCGUGACCUCUACGAGGUGAUGAGCAAGCUGGAGCAGCAGCAUUCCAGCAAAGUCUUCAUCAUCAAGGGUGUUCCCGGCAACCGGCGCUCACUGAUCAUCUCCUCGCCCGUGAGUCCCUCUCCGGCUGCCAGCAUCUUCCCGGAGCCAGUGCCGAAGUCAGAGUCCGCG